UACACAGCCUUUUAUUAUUUUUGAACGUGAUUUCAAAGCAAUUUAGUUAAUCUCAACAUCCAAAAAAAGGGAAGGCAAUUUUCGUAAAAAGAUGUCCGUUGAAAACACUGUGAAAUUGUUAUGGGACUGUGCUGCUGCUUUAGAACCUAAAACACACGCACACAAACUAUUAAAAUCCGAUUACAUUAAUAAUUGUCGAACUAUCGCGAACACAAAACUGCAAAUGCCAAAGGAGAAAUUCGGGACAAGUCAAAUGUGUUCACAUUGUGGUUGUUUCUGGCAUGAAAGCGAAUUUAAAUUAAAACCACAUAGUCAACAAGUGCCUGUUAGGGCUAAAGCAUUGAAACUAAUAGCCAAAUUAGAAGAAACUAACCAGGAACAUUACAAGAAUGUAUUGACAGGGAAGCAAAGACGACGUGCGAAAUGGUUAAAAAAACGCAUAACAAACUAUAUGAAAGUCAAAUGUGAGCUGUGCCAGCAUAAAACAUUAAUAAAAAUGGAGAAACCGCAAAAGAAGAAACGGCUUAAUAAAAAUGCAAACUUGCCUAUAGAAGAAGAGGAAACGGUCAGUGACGUACACUUGAAGAGUAUAAAGAAAAAGAAGAAUAAGGCAAAUAAAAACGCUGGUCUUAAUAAACCAAAGCAGCAUUUUGACCAAGAAAAACAUCUGCCAGUAAAAACUCCAACAGUCUUAAUACCAAGCAAGCCAAGUGUGGAGGCAACAAAGCAAAUAAAUAAAACCAAAUUUGUUUCGAAACAACCGACAGUGAAAUCAAAAUCGAACAAUGCCCGAAUAACUCAAUCUCAAUCUCCUGCUACCAAAGUGAAUAGUAGUAAAAAGCAUAAAUCAAAACAAUCUUCAAAAAUUUCAACACCACCUGUUGCCGUGCAAUCAAAAACACAGCGAAAAAAUUCUUUAUUACAAUUAGCUGCUCUUUUAAAGCAACAAACAACGUCUAAUAGGACAGAAACUGCAAAAUCAACACAACAACGCUUAGAAGCACUAUUAAAAUAAGACUAAUGAAAUGAAUUCUUAGACUAAAAAAAAGACAUUGAGCACUAGCAAGACAGGCUAUCGGCUCUACAAAUAAUGUAAGUACAUACCAACAUAUGAAGAUUGCAACUGAAAUUAGAAAUAAAAAUCAAUUUCCCAACUAUUUAUCGCUACUGAAUAAUAAGUGUGCACCUUUAUUACGAACUGGAUCAAAAAUGCGAUGUCGGGUAUAACUAGCGCAACUGUCGGCUUGGAUUCAAGUGAAGAAUUUCGUCCGUUAUUAUUGGCCAAGUUAACAACACAUGUGCGAGCAUGAACCGAUUGACUUCUGAUCACAAUGUUUUCUCAAUUAUAUUUCGUUGCUGCCUACAUAAGUUUCUGUAAGACACAGUCAAAAUUAGAAUUUCAAGAAAAAACGGUUCAAUAUUUUCUUCCCCGCUUGGUGAAGAACAGGAAUUCCAUCUCGACUUAAUGAAACAAUCUAUCAGCUUCUUUGACUGCUCUCAUUGGUGAAUCGUGUGAUUUCAAAAUGUGUAAAAAAGACCGCGUAGAAAAAGAGUUGAUAUAUAUAAAUUUUCUUCCCCGUUUGGUAAAGGAGAGGAAUUCCAUUUCGAUUUAAUGAAACAAUCUAUCAACUUCCUUGUCUGGUGAGGAGGCAGAAUGUAUUUGCUCUCAUUAGGAAACCGUGUUAUUCUAAAAUCGUGUAAAAAAGAUUUGAUUCUAUAUUUUCUUCUUUAUUGGCAAGAAAAGGAA